AUGGCGAAAGCGAAAAGAACGAACUGGAAACGAAUCGGGACGAUUGCGGUUCCGUUGAUCUUUGCAGUGGUUAUAUUGUUCAAAGUGUUCAACAACAGCAAAUCAGCGGCGGAUUUACAGACAUUGUUGCAAAAUCUACCCAAGGAGAUUAACAUGGGAUCAUCUGAGGAGACUGAACGGAAGUUCAUGGAGAAAUUCGAGAAGUUUAGCCAGGAUAUGUUGAGAAAACAGGACGAACAAGCCAGACGGUUUGAUCGUGAAAGAAAGGUGUUGGAGAAGAAGAUCCAGGAGCUAAAACAGCCAGCUAGACAUGCUACGUUGCGUGAGAAGCUUGCGGUUGUGUUUGAGUACGGUACUACUCAAAGAUUCCCGGCAUUUGUGUGGCAGAGUUGGCCAUAUCUGGACGAGGACGAGAAACUGGAAGGAGAUUUACAGAAGAAUGAGAGGAACUGGGCGAACAAGAACCCUGGGUUUGUGCAUGAGAUUGUGAAUGAUGACACAGCAGCAGCGUUUGUUCAUUAUUUCUACUCCACUAUACCAGAGGUGAUCGAGGCGUACGAUUCGUUGCCCACGGCAAUCUUGAAGAUCGAUUUUUUCAAGUACUUGAUCUUGCUCGCGCGCGGUGGUGUUUUCGCAGACAUCGACACCGAUCUGUUGCAGCCAGUACCCAACUGGAUCCCAGAAAACGUUUCUCCAAAGGAAAUUGGUCUUAUCGUGGGAAUUGAGCACGAUUCGAAGACUCCUGACUGGAGAUCUACGUACUUGAGACGUUUGCAGUUUGGAAACUGGAUCAUCCAGGCUAAGCCCGGUCACCCAGUGAUUCGUGAAAUGGUUGCCAAGAUUACAGAAACAACGCUAGAUAAGAAAUACUCGGGGCAGCUUAACACCAACUUAAGAAACGAUUUGACCAUCAUGGGCUGGACCGGGACCGGUGCAUGGACCGACGUCAUCUUCACGUACUUCAACGAUUACGUGCAAAGUGGUGUGCUGGACAAGAUCACAUGGAAGCAGUUCCACAACUUGAAGGUCCCAAAGCUUGUAGGUGACGUUUUGGUGUUCCCAGAAGUCACAUUUAGCGCACCUCGUCCGGACUCCGACUCUGAUAACCAAGGAUCAAAUCCCGAGUCCAACACGGCUCUCCAUUUCGCAACUCAUUCCAAGAUGAAGUCCUGGAAGUCCCUCCCAAAGGCAGCCGCUAAUGCCGACAAAUAG